AUGGAGGCCCAUAAUCAAGGUGCAGCAAUGGCAGACGACCUCGACUUCGAAAGCAAAUGGCUGAAUCCAGUCGAUGAGACCACUAGAAAAGACUCGAUACAAAGCCGUGAUGUCCAUUUGACCGAUAGUACAGAGCAGAUAUCGGUGGCAGUGAUUGGCGCAGGUGUGUCGGGACUGAGUGCAAUCAAACACCUUCUUACAAAACCAGGAAAAUUCAAGCCAACGGCGUUUGAAAGAAACUCGCGCAUUGGUGGAACAUGGGUGUACAGUGAAAACACUGUUGAUGCAUUUGGCUUACCAGAACACUCCUGUCUCUACAAAAACCUUAUGGCGGUCAAAAGUGCGCAAGUUCAUCAAGUCAUAUGGGGAAAUCUGACUGGUCAAUUGACAAUAGUAAGGUCAAACAACCCAAAACAACUCCUGACGCUGCAGGGCUUCCCUCACGACCAGAAAGGCAGAUCCUAUAUUGAUCACAAGGCUGUAUUGAAGUACCUUGAAGAUUUCAGUAAACAUAAUGGCCUUACAGAAUUUAUACAGUUUAACACACUUGUGAAAUACGUUUUACCUGUGAAUCACAAGGACGGAGAGGUCACAUGGAACGUAAAAUACUGUUCUCUACAGAAUCCAGACAAAAUCAACACGCAGGAGUUUGAUGCCGUUCUUGUUUGUAACGGGCAUUAUUACAAACACAGCAUCCCUGACAUACCCGGGAUGGAGCAUUUCACUGGGACAGUGACACAUAGUAGAGACUAUCGACUUCCUGGUCCGUACUUAGGGAAGACCGUGCUAAUUAUUGGGGCGUCCUUCUCGGGACUCGACAUAGCCGCAGACAUGACCAACCACGCCAAACAGAUUUUUCUGAGCCACAGAGACAGUGCACUGAAGACCGCAAUACCCCCGAACGCAAUGGAGCGACCAGUUGUCAAAAACAUUACCGAAAAUGGAAACGUUGUAUUUGUUGAUGGGACAGAAGCGGAAGUUGAUAGCAUCGUGUUCUGUACCGGAUAUGUCUACGAUUUUCCUUUUCUGUCUACUGAUAUCGUGCAAGUCAAUAACCAGCGCGUGACACCUUUGUUCAAACACAUGAUAAAUAUAAAUUAUACAAACCUGAUGUUUAUAGGUAUUCCAUAUCGGAUGUCAUACUUUCCGCAGAUACACGAACAGGCACGUGCAGCAGUCGCCAUUUUGGAAAAUCCUUCAGUGUUACCGUCUGUUGAAGACAUGAUUAAAGAUUCCGAUGAAGACUUCCGUCAGAAAAGAGAAAAAUACAACCUGACAGAAAAACAAGCUCAUUUUCUUGGAAUCGGUGAUCUCCAAUGGCGAUACAAUGAGGAGCUGGCAUCCCUGUGUGGUUUCCAGAAACUUCCAACAGUGUUCCAUGGACUCGCAAUAGAUGUUGCACAGCAAAGAACAACGAACUUUUUGAACUUUCGGAAACGGAAUUAUCGAAUAAAUUCAAGCUCAUUCGAGAUAGUUGACAAUUAAAGAUAUUUCAUUGUAUUGGAUUGUGUCUAUUUUCAUAGACCGAUAAUUUGAUCGUUUUUAAUGUCUUCUAUUUAAGGUGAAUAUAGAAGUAUACUUGUUGCUUUCAUAGAUUGAUCUCGGGCAUUUGACUGUUUCAGGGAGAAUAGAGGACUUCUUGUGUUAGCAGACGAUGUUUAACACUAGCAAGAGCAUACUAUUAAACGAAGGGUUCAAAUGUUGGGCAUUUACUAAUAACUUUAGUUGCUUUCCGUAAAAGGAAUGAACUGCAUUUAGUUUAGUUUUUCCACAAAAGCUAAAGCAUGCCACCGCGGCUGUCAAAUUAAGACAUAGUCUCUUGGUUAUGAAGCGGGGACCUAAGGCAAUCUGUAAUACUAUAAAUUAGAUAUACAAAUUGUACAUCGUUUUGGAAUACUUGUACAUUUGUACAAGAAAAUCUGAGACUUUCAGUACUUUUUUUUUGUUGUUUUUUUUUUAAAUGACUUAUUCAAGCGCUAUUGGUUAAUCUUUUAACACGUUGCUGCUGUGUUGCACUCUGAAUUUAUGAUGUUUCCAUAGCUCUAUUUCACGCCAUAUCUCACAAGAUUUAAUAUUUCUUGCUAAUAUGUAUGCGAAGUUGAAUCAAGUUUCGUGCCGCAUAUAUUUCAUCAACGAUUUCGUAACGUCCAGAAUGGUUUGGACACACGCGACUUCCAUUAAUAAUGUUUGUAUUCGAUAUUAUCCUCAAAAUCAUAGGAAAGCCUGUUAAAACCACGAAAUCAGCGCACGAUAAACAUGAUUUGGGAAAAUAUAUAAACACAAGUUUGGAAAUACAAAUCGACAUGUAAGCAUCUAACUCAAAAUUGUUGAAACAAGGACAAGAAAAAUCGUCGAAAUUUACCUGGAGACCUUUGAAAAAAUUAUAACCACGUGUUUCGGAAGAUUAAAUGUCGCCUGGUUGUAUGUUAAAUCUUGUUGAAAUGGAAACCAGGAUGGCGACUAAGGAUCUGUGAGGCUUAUCAAUAAAGUUCGAACACGUCUGUCUU